UUUAAUUCUUGCCAGGCAUCAAUCAAAAUAAAUCAUGGCGUAUUUUGUCUACUUCUCUCAAGGUUUUGCAAAGUGGAAGCUCACAUGUUUGAAGUAGUUUUGACAGAUAAUUCACUUUCUGUGUUUCCUGACAUUCCCCAGGUGACUCACAUUUCUCUGAAAGAGAAAGGGAAAAUACCACAAAACAGACUUUGCGAGCAUAAUUCUGUGCUGUCUUCCUGUUACCUCUCAUGCAGGAUGGCUGGCGCUCAACUCAAGAGCAAUUCUGUUGAAGUUAGUCACCAUGAUGCAUUGCUUCCUCACCAACAAAAACUUUCCAACCUCCAUGAGAUUAACUCUUCCUUUAGCGUAUUAUGCUGUACAGAUCAAGGAAUGCUAGAGCCAUCGUGCAAAUUAGUUAUUAUUAAUUAUUCUUCUGGAGGAGACUCAGGGAAGUUGCUUUCUACAACUUCCCACAAGGAGGUUGUGGAGAGGUGAGGGUCAGCAUCUUCUUCCAGGUUACAGCAAUAGGAUGAGAUGGAAUGGCCAGAAGCUGCUCCAGGCAAGGCUCAGGUUGAGUAUUAGGAAACAUUUCUUCUCAGGCAGAGCAGUGGCACAGCUGCCCAGGGAGGUGUCCCAGAGCUGUGGGGACGUGGCACUGAGGGACGUGGUCUGUGAGCAGGUGGGGUGAGUUGGGCUGGACUUGGUGAUCCUAGAGGACUUUUCCAACCUUAAUGAUUCAGUGAUUUGUGAUAUAGCCUUUGCGAAGCUUUGACACCGAGGCAAAAGGUCAGGAUUCAAUAACUGGAGACUCCCUGUUUUAAAGCACCCUCGCAGCAAAAAACAAGCUCUGAUCGAGUCCUGCUGCAGAAGGAGGGGGGCAGGCAGCACCUCCCGGGCACACAGCCUAACACAGCCCAGCAUCGCUGGUGUUCAGUGAGACAAACCUCAGCAUCUCCUGACUCACCCCCCACACCCCGGCGCCAUCUUGUGACUCGGCACCCUCCCACCGUCCCUGGGAAACUCCAUUCCCCGUGAAGCCCCGCGGCAGGGUGGCGCUCCGGGAAGGCGGGGCGGAGGGCUGCGGGUUCCGAGCAGGUCGUUCUCCUGAAAAGGCACCGAAGGCAAGAGGAUGGAAGCAGGAAGCAGUGCCAAGGAAGCAGUGCUGAUCACGGGAGGAGGAGGUUAUUUUGGCUUCCGUUUAGGUUGUACCAUAUACAGAAAGGGAGUUGAUGUGAUUCUCUUUGAUGUCACGAAGCCACUUCAACCUGUGCCAGAAGGGAUAAAGUUUAUGCAAGGGAACGUCUGUUGUCUGGCUGAAGUGGAAGAGGCUCUUAAAGAUGUAAUCUGCGUGUUCCAUAUUGCUUCCUAUGGAAUGUCUGGCAGGGAGCAGUUGAACCGAAAACUUAUAGAAGAUGUUAACGUGAAAGGAACAGAAAAUGUCAUCCAAGCCUGCAAGAGCACAGGAGUGUCAAGUCUGGUUUAUACAAGUACAUAUAAUGUGAUAUUUGGAGGCCAGAUUAUAGAAAAUGGGGAUGAAUCUCUGCCUUAUCUACCUCUUCACCUCCAUCCAGAUCACUACUCCCGGACCAAAUCUUUAGCUGAAAUGAAGGUGCUGAAGGCAAAUGGUACUGAGCUUGGAAAUGGGAAAGGUGUACUGAGGACUUGUGCUCUCCGACCAGCAGGCAUCUAUGGGCCAGGAGAGCAAAGACAUCUUCCAAGAAUAGUUAGUUACAUUGAGAGGGGACUGUUUAAAUUCGUAUACGGAGAUCCUCUUAGUUUAGUAGAAUUUGUACACGUUGAUAAUCUCGUUCAGGCUCACAUCCUUGCCUUUGAGGCCCUCCAAGCCAACAAAAAGCACAUAGCUGCAGGCCAAGCCUACUUUAUUUCAGAUGGCAGGCCAGUAAACAACUUCGAGUUUUUCCGACCACUAGUAGAAGGUUUGGGAUACAAGUUCCCAACCUGCCGCCUUCCUCUCUCACUUGUCUAUUUUUUUGCAUUUCUUACUGAAGUAGUUCAUUUUCUCAUCGGCCAUGUUUAUAAUUUUCAGCCUCUCCUCACUCGCACAGAAGUUUAUAAAACUGGUGUCACACAUUACUUUAGCAUGGAGAAGGCCAGGAAAGAGCUGGGGUACGAGCCUCAGAAAUACAGCCUGAAUGAAGUGGUUGAGUGGUUUAGAUCUCAGGGCUGUGGACCAAAGCCAAGGAAGUAUACCAUUACACAUCUCCUUAGGGAUGGAGGACUGCUCUUGCUGUUUAUUGCUGUGCUGGUCUCAUGGUUUCCAUCUGCAGUUAUAUUUUCACCCUGAAAUGAAGCACUGAGUAUGGAGGACAGGAUUUAGUUACGUUGUAUACUCUUUGUUUUCAAGUGAAUUAAAAAUAUAUAUAUGUUUGUACUUCUUGCAUUAAUAUCUUUAACAGUUCUGUCCCCAUUGAAUAGAAUGGUUGAGCAAAAAUCUUUAAUUUUUAUAACAUAUCAUUCUUCUUCAAAGUAAAAUUGAUCAGGUCACUAAAACGAUGGAACUGUACUGCUGCAAGCAGCAUGUUAUUUUCUGGUGCAGUGAUACCUUUAAGACUGACCUUUUCUACCCAAUAGCUUAUACUCUUGGUCCAUAUCUUUUAUUCCUAAGAAAUUUGUGCUCCAGAUGUGAUCCAGAGGGGAAAAAACUUACUCUUUGAUCACAUUCCAAACCAAGUUCUGCUUUCCAUCUCGAAUGCAUAUAUGCCUAACCAAUAAUUUGGCUUAGUUGCUAGAAAAUAAAUUACUGUUAUUUUUUAAACUAAUACAUUGUGGUGUACUUUUCUGAAUAAACUCUGUGUUAUAUCUAAUGACUCUUCUGGAAAAUGUACAGUUGUGUACCUAAGUUACAGCUAAGUGCUUGAAGCAGCACAGAUUUGUAGAUUUUCUAACUAAAAUAUUCCUGUUGAAGAUGAAUGAGUUAGCUAAAGUGCAUUAUGAAACAGCUGUGAUUUUUCCCAGCAUUACUGAGCAGUUAAACAAUCAUAUUUAAAGGACUCUUGUUAAGUGAUUACACUCAUAUUCCAUUCCUUAUAAAAUCUUUAUAGCCUCUGAUAACAUUCCUUUAGUGUUUGAUAUCAUUAGAACUUCAACUUUAUAGCAGGAUGAUAAACCAAAAGAAACUAAAUGUAAUAGUUAAGGGACAGCUCAAGGCAGCACUCACUUUUCUUCCCCCCACCUUCCCCUCCAUAACAAGGAAUAAAUUGAGGCAGUGUUUGCAUCCUAGGAGUGUUGAACUCCUUUAUCAAAAGCUACUGUGCUUCCAACAGAUAACAUUUCACUGUUCUACCACACCGACUGCAGAAGGGUCACUUACCAGAAGCCAUUAAUAUACGUCAUCAUCAGUUUGCAGGAAAAUUAAUCUUUCAUUUUAAUAAAAGAUGAAGAAAAAAAAAAGUGACCUCACAAGAGCUUUGGCCUGCUGUUCUCCUAGAGGGCCACGCUUUUCAAAUGAAAACCACUGGUUACUUCCUCCUCUCCAUCCUCUGGUUCUGACACAAUGUUAGCAAAAGUAAAUGAAAAGAUUUUAAUGCUAACAGAAGCAACAAAAAAAAAGACAAUGUACAAGAAAUUGCAGAUGCCUGCUAGCUACAGCCGUAACAUCGGUAUUUCAUGCUAACUCUUGUAAAAAGCAGAUCUUUUUAAGAUGUGGAAUCCCACUCCUGUGCCCUACAGGAUUUUUUUUUUUUCUAUUUGCUAUUACAAAAAAAAGGAGCCACUACCAUGCAUACUUAUCUUAAUGGUGGGGUUGACGGAAAAAAAAUAAUCUAUGAAAGUGUCCCAAAGUGUAAACACAUGCUGUUAGUGCUGGCUGAGGUUAAAGUCCUGGAUAUCUGUUUGUGUACAAAGAAAACUUGGGAUGGGUGGCAAAGACACAAAUACCAAAACUGAAGCAGCUCAACAUCCUGCAGAACAAGCACAACAGGUGAAGCUCUUCAUCUGUCUGGAGUCAAGGACAGAACUCUUCACUUAUAACACAGCAAGAGGUGCUAUUUUGUCCUAACUGCCCAUAACUUAUGCUUGAGCACAUGGUGCUAAAUCAGCCCUAGUUGAGAGAAACAAGCAGCCACUUGGCAAUGCCUACCCCAAACCAAACAGCAGCCUAUUUGGCUCCAUCUAGUAAACAAAGCAAGAGUCAUGUUUGCUCUGUAAGUAAACUACAGAAGAGAUGAAGGAUACGUUCCCUGUUUUACGUUCCAAAAUGAAAAGAAGAAAUGUAAGGCUUCAGGAGUUACUUUUAAAUUACUUUAUAAAAAUUACUUAAGACUUACGUGUGCACAAAGCUAGUCACAGCUGCUCUAUUUCAAGUAUUUUUAAAAUGAGAAUUAUUUUUCUGUUAUUACUACUUUUAAAGGAGCGACUGAGUAAAUUAAGGUAAUUCAAUUGUUUUGUCUCUUCCAAAACUUUAUCUAUUAUUUGUUUUCCUUAAAGUGAAUUACCAGAAAUACACCUUAAAACUCAAAAAGCAGAAAUGAAAGUUUGCUAGAGCUCAGAGUUAUUCUGCAACGGGUAAAAAGAAUGGUGCUGAUGGUUUUAAAUAUCUCUUGGCAGCUGCUUAAUCUUGCAUAACGCAGCACGUCAGCAUAAAACUAAUGUCUGCCAGAUGCACAUGAACAACUUAUGAUGUGUGUGUAUAUAUGUUUUAGAAGUUUAAAUGUCAAUGAUCCUUAAGUAGUAUGUUUUUUGUAGCAUCACCUUCUAAGAGACCCAAUUUUUCUUUCAUUUCUAUCGCUAAUUGCCACAUACUUGCAGCAGUACAGUGAUACCUCAGCAGCAUAAAUGCCUCAUUGAUUCCAGCUCAACAUAUAUACAUUUUUUAUUAGAAGACUGAGCAAAAUUUGAUUCCCAAGAAUCUCAGCAAAACAGAAAUUCACAAUACAAAGACAUCAUGCCUUCACCCAGAAACACUUAUGCCCAUGCAAUUAAGACACCCUUAUUAGCAGAAAGUGCGUUAGUACAGUUUUACCGUGAACAAAGUUCCAAAUGACUACAAAUUUCAGCUCUGCCUUCUUCAGACGUUAUUGUUUGAGUUGAUACAAACCUGAUGCUCACUACAGCUGGAGUUAGUAUCUACCUGUUACUGGAAAAGGUCAGUUAGGAGUUGCAUGUUAAACAUGAUCUUUGGCCUUUUCCUUCUGCAGUGCUUGUUUGUAUCCAGAUGAAGUGUAACAAUAAUGACUUCAUGAAAACAAUCAUUAAGUCAGUUCAUCUUAACAAAUACAGAAAUGCCCUUCCUCCAACCUCUGGUGCCACACCAUAACAUUCCAGCAGACCGCUGUUCAAUUAGAACUCAUGCAUACUGCCUGGAGAUUUGAAGUCAUGACAUUCAAUAAACCACACUUAAACAAAGAAGCUUCUGGGAUCAUUCACAUCACUGCUAUCAAAACAUUUUUAUUAAAAUAAGUUAUUUUAAGAAUUUAAAAUAGUUUCCAUAAGAAUAUAACAAUUCAACCGAUAACAUUCUUCUAAAUGAUUUUCCUCCUAGAUUAUAAAAUUAGCAUGCACAUUCAAACCUUGUUUCAGAUUAAAACAGCUGCAACUGUAAAGAAGUUGCUUGAGUCCACCUUGACAAAGAAUUGAGAGACAGGCUUUUGGAGUUAAAACAAUGCAAGAUACAAGAAACAGUACAUAGCCUUGCAUAACACUCAAGUCAACCAAGCAGCCAAAGCAGUAAUUUUCUUCUGAAUGUAACAUGUUUAUACUCAGGGGAAAAAAAAAAAAAAAAAGUCUUUCUGAAAAACUAAAUGGAUUUUCAUAAAUACCAAGGAGUACCUCUUAUGACUUUAAAUAUGAUGUUUGCAUGGAGAUUAUACACACAACUUUCUGAAGAACUGUAAGACGUGCUAAUUCUUAAACAUUUGCACAGCAGCAAGGAACUCCUACGUUCAUCAUGCAGUGGCUGUUCUGUGUCAGGUAUAGACGUAAGGAAAGUAGUCGAGCCAAAUGAUUCACCCAGGCCAUGUGGCUAUGUCUGCUCUGGAACUGAGCUAGAAAUAAUAAAACUAAACCACAACAGCCUAGAGAAAUAGAAUUUGGUCUCCCUGAGCAUUAGUAUCUUGUGGUCCCCUGUUUUUUGUGAUCAGUACAAGCCCAGCUGUUAUUCAGCUGCCUAAAAAUACUGUUCCACCUGUGGAAACAGCCUCAGGACCUUCCAGACACAGCUUCUGGCCACCUUAUCUGACCAACAGUGACAACACAGUGUUCUCAGAACAUUGAACACGACACACACU